AGUGUCCAAGGUCAGGUUGGACGGGGCUUGGAGCAACCUGGGCUAGUGGAAGGUGUCCCUGCCCAUGGCAGGGGAGCUGGAACAAGACGAUCCUGAAAAUCUCCUCCAGCCGAAGCCAUUCAGUUGUUGCACAUUUCUGCGAUUUUGCACGGAGAAAAAGGAAGCAAAACGUUUAUUUCUGCCUCUCGGGGGUGUGACGGACAUUUGUCACACCCCUCCCCGGCCCCCCAAGGCCAGGCUGCACCUUGGUGUGCUUGGGAGGAGGCUGCUUGCUUUGAGAAUCACGGAAUCACAGACUGGAUUAAAGAAGGGACCUUAAAUCUCAUCCGGUUCCACCCCCUGCCGUGGGCAGGGACACCCUCCACCGGGGAGCCCAGGUUGCUCCAAGCCCCCCAUCCAGGGAAUCCUCCCCCUCUGCGGUUCUGGGCUGCCCCCUCCUGACGUCCGGGAGCGGCGUGUGAAUGUCAGCAGGGUCCGUUCGGUGUCAGUGACUCUGAAAAGGCUCGUGGAGCAAAAGCCCGGGCAGGAAAACUCAGUGUUCAAACGGAGCACAGAAGAAACAAAUAACAGUGGGUUCAGAGACUGGAGCAAUUCCGACUGUGGGUAGGGCUGUUUCUCCAGGUAACCCCCCAAAGGUCUUGUGUUUGGGCAGAGUGUUUGCAGCCUUCCACUGACAUAAAGAUCUACCUGCGCAGCAGCAGCACACCCAGGAUGUCCAUGGAGAUAACUUUCCUGGGCACGGGCUCGGCAUACCCCUCUCCCACCAGAGGGGCGUCAGCGCUGGUGCUUCGCCGGGAAGGGGAGUGCUGGCUCUUCGACUGCGGGGAGGGGACCCAGACACAGCUCAUGAGGAGCCACCUCAGGGCAGGCAGAAUCACCAAGAUUUUCAUAACCCACCUCCACGGCGACCACUUUUUCGGGCUCCCCGGCCUGCUGUGCACGCUCAGCCUGCAGAGCAACCCCGACCCCAACAAGCCACCCGUGGAUAUUUACGGGCCUUUAGGGCUGAGGAGCUUCCUGUGGCGGAGCCUGGAGCUGUCCCACUCCCAGCUCCUCUUUCCCUACGCCGUCCACGAGCUGGUGCCCACGCGGGACCAGUGCCCCGCCGAGGAAUUCAGGGACUUCUCGCACUUGGACAGGGGUGAGGUUCCUGCCCAGGGCCCUGGAGGGAGAAUACUGCGCCUGGACCCGGGAGAGGGCUCCUACUUGCUGGAGGAGGACGAGCAGCUGGUGCUGAGGGCGUUCCGCCUCUUUCACCGCGUCCCUUCCUUCGGCUUCGUGCUGGAGGAGAAGCCCCGGCCUGGGAGGCUCAACGUGCAGAAACUGAAAGACCUUGGAGUUCAGCCGGGCCCUCUGUACGGGAAGCUGAAGGGCGGGGCCGCAGUCGUGCUGGAAAACGGAGUGAGGAUCUCUCCCUCCGAGGUGCUGGAAGAGCCCAUUCCCGGCAGGAAGGUGUGCAUCCUGGGGGACUGCUCGGGGACGCUGGGGGACGAGGCCCCGCGGCUCUGCCGCGACGCCGACCUGCUGGUGCACGAGGCCACACUGGACGACACCCAGCAGGAGAAGGCCAGGGAGCAUGGGCACAGCACCCCCGGGAUGGCCUCGGAUUUUGCCAGGCUGUGCCGGGCCAGGAGGCUGGUUUUGACCCACUUCAGCCAGAGGUACAAGCCGUCUGGCCAGGCAGGGGAGGGGGACGCGGACGUGGCCGAGCUGAGGAGGCAGGCGGAGUCCGCGCUGGGGGGACAGGGGGUGACGCUGGCUGAGGACUUCAUGACGAUAGAGAUUCCCAUGAAGAAGGGAAAAACAGCAGCGUUGGCCAGCCCUGAGUGAAGGCACAGAGCCGGGGUGGUGUUGGACAGCGCUUAAAAAGAACUGUUGGGAGUUCUGGUGAACAAAUUCUCUUCCCCUGGAGCGCAGAGAGAUCGGUUCAGAGCGCCGGGUGCAGUUAGUGCUGCUGCUGUAAAGCAAAGGAAGAAGGACGCUCAGGCAUCUGGAGCUGGAAUAAAUUCAUGAGGGGUGGUUUUGGACACCUGGCCUCCCCAGAUGGCUCGAGCCUUCACAGCCCGGGAGCUUUCCUUGGAGAUUCCCUGGAGCGCAGCUCUGGAUCGUCGUUUGGCUUUAACACACCCCUCCAGGAAGGUUUGUGCUCUGCAGAGCAGUUUCAGCCAUCCUGCCUCCUGAGAGCUUUCAAACAACAUCUAUUUCAAACUUGCACACAGUGUUUUGUGACUGUUACCCGGUUUCCGUGUGAGAGGGCACCGAAAUUAAUGAAGUGUCGAGAGCUCUGCCAAGUGGGUGUUGCUGUGCUCAAGUGGAGGAGCCCUUCUGAUUCUCCGUUUGCACGUGAAGUCUUCUCAUAAAAUAAACACAGUUUAGGCUCCCCGUCA